AUGAGUCGAGAGGCAACAAAACGCUAUGAGACUAUCAAACAUUUGGGAGAAGGGCAGUUCGCCAACGUCUAUAAGGCAAAGGACAAGGAGACCGGAGAUUUCGUAGCGAUCAAGAAGCAUUCAUCAAAAGUGACAAUUUUCCAGAUCAAGCUGGGUUCGAGAGCUGAAGCAAAAGAUGGCAUCAACAGAACAGCACUUCGUGAAAUCAAACUCUUACAAGAGAUUCAUCAUGAUAACAUUAUAGGAUUACGUGACGUGAUUGGAUCCCGGACCAACAUCCAGUUAGUGUUCGAUUUUAUGGAAACAGAUCUAGAGCACGUUGUCAAGGACCGCGACAUUAUUCUAAUGCCUCCACACAUCAAAAAUAUGGCGAUGCAAACUCUACUAGGCUUGGAAUUUCUUCAUGCUCACUGGAUUCUUCAUAGGGAUUUGAAGCCGAAUAACUUGCUAAUGAACAGUGCCGGAAGGAUAAAAUUGGCUGAUUUUGGUUUAGCUCGAUUUUUUGGAUCCCCAAAUAAAGUCUACACUCAUCAGGUGGUCACUCGUUGGUAUCGUGCUCCAGAGCUCAUCUGGGGAGCUAGAGCGUAUGGAACGGGUGUGGACAUGUGGGCGAUCGGAUGCAUCAUUGCCGAGCUACUUCUUAGGGUACCACUGUUCCCUGGAGAGUCUGAUCUGGAUCAGUUAGUGAAAAUUACACACGUACUUGGAUCACCUACUGUUGAGGAUUGGCCAGCGAUGAAAAACCUAUCGGAUUAUAUUGCUGUCAAGGAGAAAGUCGGAAUCAAUCUUCGUCAUGUAUUCACUGCCGCCGGUGAUGAUCUCAUCGAUCUGUUACAUGGCUGCUUCGCCUAUGAUCCUUUGAAGCGCCUCACUGCUUCUGAAGCGCUUCAGUGUCCCUACUUCAGGUAA